AUGGCUGACGUCGCUGCACCGCCCGCUAUCCCCGAUGCCAUGCAGGGUGUCAUCGCCGCCCCUGCACCGAUGCCCGGCACUGCGUCUGUCGCUGCUCCUGCAGAGCCCGCCGAGCCAGAAUUCAUCUCAGAGACACUCUACAUCCAGAACCUGAAUGAGAAAAUUAAGAUACCAGUGCUCAAGGCCUCCCUGCGUGGGCUCUUCAAGGCGUACGGCGAGGUACUCGACGUGGUCGCACAUAGUAACCUGCGCAUGCGCGGCCAGGCGUUCGUAUCAUUCGAGUCUGCGGACGUCGCGAAGAAGGCGCUGAAGGAGGUCAAGGGCUUCCCGCUCUACUCGAAGCCGAUGCAAAUCUCGUUCGCAAGGACUCGUUCGGACGCAGUUGUGAAAAAAUUGGAUGCGGCGCGCUUUGAGGAACACAAGGCGCAUAGAAUAGAACAAAAAAAAUCGACGCGGUAUACGAACCCAAUCAAGCGGAAGUAUCGCGCGAGAAAAAUGGCUGCAGAGUUGGACGGGCCUGGGGCAGUACCAGUAUCGAAGCGGCCAAACGUCCAGAUGCCGGACGAAUAUCUCCCACCAAACAAGAUUCUCUUUCUGCAAAACCUUCCCGACAGCGUCAGCAAGGAUCAGCUCAUGGCACUGUUCUCACAAUACCCCAACCUCUACGAGGUCCGUCUCAUUCCGACGAAGAAAGACAUCGCGUUCGUGGAGUACAUGGACGAGGGGAGCGCGACCGUCGCGAAGGACGCGCUGCACAACUACAAACUCGACGGCGAAAACAAGAUCAAGAUCACUUUCGCAAGGAAAUAA